AUGGAUUUCCCAGUCUCCCUGGACUCCUACCAGCGAGUACGUCUUCCCAGCAGUCUCUCCUUCCUCACUCACCUCCUCCUCCUGCUUCAGCCCGGGGAGAUGCACUCAGAGGAGGUCAGAGUGGUAGGCCAUGGGGAACCCAUUCUGGCACACGUCGGGGAUGAGGUGGAAUUCUCGUGCCAUCUGUCGCCGUACCGGGACGCCGAGCACAUGGAGAUCCGCUGGUUCCGGAGCCAGGCCUCAGACGUGGUGCACCUGUACCGGGAACGGCAGGAGUUCUAUGGACAGCAGAUGGCGCAGUUCCAGAACAGGACCAAACUUGUCACGGACGAGAUCGCUGAUGGCAGCGUGACCCUGAGGCUCCACCCCGUGGUCCCCGACGACGAGGGUCCAUACGGGUGCCGCUUCCUCUCCAGCGACUUCACUGGGGAAGCAGUCUGGGAGCUGGAGGUGGCAGGGCUGGGCUCGGACCCUCACAUCUCCCUUGAGGGCUUCAAGCAGGGAGGCAUUCAACUAAGGUGCAGCUCCAGUGGCUGGUACCCCAAGCCACAGUCUCAGUGGAGAGACCGUCAGGGACGAUGCCUGCCUCCAGAGACUGAAGUCAUCGUCAAGGAUGCCCAAGGCCUGUUCAGUCUGGAAACCUCUGUGGUCGUCCAAGGGGGGGCCCACAGCAACGUGUCCUGCUCCAUCCAGAACCCCCUCCUGGGCCAGAAGAAAGAGUUCGUGGUCCAGAUAGCAGACGUAUUUUUACCCGGAACCUCUCCCUGGAAGAGAGCUUUCCUCGGGACUCUGAUGGGACCGCUGAUCCUCCUGGCUCUCCUCCCGACGCUGGCGCUGUACUUCUUCCGGAAGCAACGGAGGUCCCAAGAAAAGCUGAAGAAGCAGGCGGAGAAGGACAAAGGGAAACUCACAGAAGAGCUGGGGAAACUUCAAGCGGAGCUGGACUGGAGAAGGGCUGAAGGCCAGGCUGAGUGGAGAGCAGCCCAACAACAUGCAGUGGAUGUGACCCUGGAUCCUGGCUCCGCCCACCCCAGCCUGGAGGUCUCCGAGGAUGGCAAGAGCGUGUCCUCCCGCAGGAUGGCGCCAGACUCAGCGGCCGCUGACCCGCAGCGGUUCUCCGAGCAGAUGUGCGUUCUAAGCCGGGAGCGCUUCUCCACGGGCCGCCACUACUGGGAGGUGCACGUGGGCCGCCGCAGCCGCUGGUUCCUAGGGGCGUGCCUGGCAGCGGUGCCGCGCGCAGGGCAGGCGCGCCUGAGCCCGGCGGGUGGCUACUGGGUGAUGGGGCUGUGGAACGGCUGCGAGUACUUCGUGCUGGACCCGCACCGCGUCGCGCUCACCAUGCGCGUGCCACCCCGGUGCGUGGGCAUCUUUCUGGACUGCGAGGCGGGAAAGCUGUCCUUCUUCAAUGUAUCCAAUGGCUCCCACAUCUUCACCUUCACGGACACCUUCUCUGGGACACUCUGCGCGUAUUUCAGGCCUAGAGCCCAUGACGGCAGCGAACACCCAGAUCCACUUACCAUCUGCCCAUUGCCAGUUAGAGAGAAACGCGUCCCCGAAGAGGAGGACAAUGACACCUGGUUACAACCCUAUGAGCCCUCGGACCCCGCCCUGGCCAUGUGA